ACCAUCCCCAUAACUCCUGCCUGAAUCCCUUUCCACCGCAGCCAUGGCUGCCUGUGCCCAGUCAAAUAACGGCAUAGCACGAUGCAUGGAACCCAUGCUGCUCGAUGCGUCAUUCCUCUGCCCAUCGGCUGUCUGACCUAAAUAGCAUCGUUGCCGUAUUAGCCACUUUUCAGAACCUCGGCUGCGUGCCUUUUAUCGGGGAGCUCGACUCUUCUCGACGCCUGUAAGGUUUGUCGUUUUGUUUCGGUUCUCCGCUGCGUCGUCCGAGCCAGCACCGCCAUAGUCGCCAUGGACGUGAGGCAUCAGGCGGCGCGAUUCGAGAUCAACGAAUUGCGUCGGUGCAUGAGCACGAAUUUGGACAAGCUGGUUACCACCGCGCCGUCGGUGCGUUUCGCUGACGAGGUGGUGGACCUGGAGGCGGCGGCGGAGGCGGGGCCGCCGCAGGUGACGUUCGCGCGCUCCACGUCGUUCACGGGGCACAGCUCGUCGGGCGAGACGGAGGCGGCGCGGCGCCUGGCCGUGCGGCUGCUGAUCGGCGGCGCCAAGGAGGACGGCGGCGGCGAGCCGCAGAAGGAGGGGCGCGAGCGACGCCGCCGCCACGGCAGCAGCAGCGGCAGCAGUGGCCGCGGUAGCAGCAGUGGCGGCGGCAGCGGCGGCAGCAGCGGUGGUGGCGGGGAGUCGCGGGGGUCGUGGGCGAAGCAGCGGAGCUACUCGCUGAACCAGGAGUGGUCGGGGGGAAAGCCCGUGCCGCGCUCCAGCGGGGGGGGGUCGGAGACGGAGAGCGUGGAGGGGUCGAGCAGAAGCGAGAAGCGAUCGCUGGCGAAGGAAGUAACGUCGCUUCGGCGACAGCUGGCGGAGUUUGAAGCUGCGAAUCAGGACCUUCUAGACGAGUUGGACCGCAAGUCGCUGGCGGUGGCGGCGGCGGAGGAGGCAGUGCGCGACGCACGGGCGGAGCGCGACCUGAUGGCGGCAGAGAUGGAGGCGGCGCUGGGCACGUGGACGCUGGCCGUGGACGAGGCCAAGGAGGCGGCGCACGCGGCGGAGGCAGCGCGGGAGCAGGUGGCGGAGCUGGAGACGGAGAACAAGCGGCUGUGGCAGCUGGUGGAGCUCAUUCUCGAACAGAAAGACAAGGCGGGCGCCGAGGGGGAUGACGGCAAGGGGGGCAAGUUCGACCCCACCACCAACGCACGCAUCAUGAAGGUGCUGGAAUCGGUGAAGAAGUCGAAUCACCGGAGCUCCUCCUCAUCCUCCAGCCGCCCGUCCACGAGCAGCAGCAGACGGGGUGGCAGCGGGGGAUCGUCGGCAUCCAAGGCCGCUGCUGACACGGACAGGACAGGGGAGUCGGGCAGCGGCACUCGCAGCAGCAAAUCCUCCAAGCAGGUCCGCUGGUGAUGGCACCAGGCCUUUCAGUCAAACUGCCCUUGUGUGCCCAACCACAACAGCUGCAUAGGAGGCUCGUGUUGAUAGUUAUAAUUAUGAUAGGAAGAGUAGCCGUGUGUGUUUGUAUACGAAUUUUGAUUCUUUCGUGUAGGUCGUAGGCUGAAGUGGAUGAGGUGUCAUUGCUUUUGUGCAGAAUCUAGGGAGGGACAAUCUAGUAGAGCCGUAUGCAGCCCAUCCACUUUGGUGGUGUCGAAACACUCUAUAGCGGUUUUGUAUUUUUCUAUCCUGUAUUAGAGUGUGUUCCUCG